AUGUCUAUUGAAACACAAGCUUCUGUAACGACUUCAACAGUAGCUGAUAUGAGUUUUACAUUCGCGUCACCGGCAGAAGUUUUCUAUAAUCAGUCAAAGAACGUUCGACAAGUUGACGUUCCAACACUAAGUGGAAAUAUCGUCAUUCCUGCUCAGUCUGCUCCUCUUCUUGGUGUAUUGAAACCUGGUGUCGUAACGAUAUUUGAAUCUGAUGGAAAUACGAAAAGAUUUUUUGUAAGCAGUGGAUCAAUAGCCGUUCAUCCUGAUUCGGGUGUUCAAUUGUUAGCAGAAGAAGCGACAACGAUUGAAAAUCUCGAUAUGAAAGCAUGUCAAGAUGCACUAGUUGAUGCUCGACGACGAUUAGAAUCUGCUCAGGAUGAUAAAGAAAAAGCUGAAUUUCAAAUCGAAGUUGACUGUGCUGAAGCAGCUCUUCGAGCAUCUUCGAGUGUUUCCUAA